AUGUCGUUGAACCUGGAAGAGCUUGACCAAGUUCUUUUAAGCUAUCUCAAGUCGCCAGAGGUCCGAGAACCGCAGCGGCAGGCUCUUGCUCCGCGGACCGCCCUGAAAGCCCGCGAGCCAAACGUCCAGCCCGUCGUGCAGGACCCCGUGGAUCUUGCUGUUGGGUUUGUCAACGAGAUUGUCGGCGAAACGCGCUCCUUUGGCGCACACGGACUGGACAGUUCCACUCUGCGGACCAUAGUGCUAUGUCUCGAGGCCGUGGAGAAGACAGAUCCCGUUUUACACAUUGGCAAAACCCUCGAGGCCUGCAAGGUGUUUCUUUCGUCUGGAAUGCUUGCUGAGCCUCGGUUUCUGCUGGAACAUCUUUUUUGUCUGAAAAGACGGAAAGAAAGCCCGUCUUUGGAGGAUCUGCUUGGAGGCUAUGAGUUUGCACAGUUUGGGCCCAAGUUGGACGCUGAGUACAUUUUGGUGGUCCUCGAGCUGAUAGUGGCGUUGAAAGCGCACAAUAACUCAACGCUUUUUCCAGAUACCAUCAUUGAAAAAACGUCGCCAUUGAUAUCGUCACUUGACAGACAACAGCGACUCAAGUUCCUCGCCCUUCUGUCGCAAUUUUGCACCAUCGAACAGACCGCAGAGUCCCUCAAAUUGCGCUACUACGCUCUUACGCACUUAGAAGACGCCGGUGCAGAGUUUGUACUGGCCACAAUCGUGCAUUUUGAAAGGGUAUGUGAUGCAUCAGUUUAUUCCAGCACGGCCGAAAUGUUCUACAAUCUGUGCUCCUUGUGGACUCAAACCCAGCGAUCUUUGCGUCCGUUGGAGUUCCUGAUCCACAGAUACCAACAGCUAAAACCGGCAUCUUGCACCCUGCAAUGGGAGGCGAUGAUAUGUCAGCAAGCUCCGCCGUCCGCUCUUGAAGACCAUGUUUCGUAUUUAUUGACCACGCUCGACCUCUCCGACGCCAGCAAUCGCCAAAUCUUACACAAAGCACUGGAAUUUGAAAGAUCGGUCGCCAACGAAUCGUUCUUUGCCGCCAGUGUCUGUCGAGUAAUCAAAGGACUCAACUUCAGUUUAAAGCCAGAUCAACAGCUCGUUCUUGCACUAUUACAGUUCUCGAAAAACCUGGCACCAUGCUUAAACGUGUACGAUAUGACGACCAUCAUGAUCAAGGAUCUGGAUCCACUGGUGCACUCGGGGUUUGAGAUCAAGGCUCUUUCUGUGAUGACAGAGGUGCUGAAGAACCAAAAUCAACCAAAGAGACUGCGCAACUUCUCAAAUUUGCUUUUCCACUUUGGCGGCAAGCUCUUGACGAAGAACGAGACCGAAGCUCUAAGAUGCUGGCACAAGUGUCUGGAUGUCGAGGACAUCCUUGUUGAGCAGAACACUGACGAGUUUGGACAGCUGAAAAAUAAAGCAGAACGUAUGCUGAACAUGCUGAUCGAGACCAAAAAAUACAGUCAAUCAUACGACAUAAUCAUGCACGUCCUUCAGUUAUUCGAGCAGCUCCAUCUGGGCUGGCAGGUCGAAAAGUAUCAAGACGAGCUGACAAGAACGUUUGGCAUCUUAUUCAAGCUGGUUGCCAGGAUGAUCGUUCGCAUGGACUCCAAACUACCGGUAAAGAUUCUUGGCGCGUGUGACAAGACACGAGCAUUCUCUACGAUUGAGCUCAUCAAGAUCUUAACUGCCAUGAAACCUUCGAGACGCGACCAAAUUUCAGCCCUGAUAGUCCAGGUCAAGAAUGAGUUGCAAGACAACGGACUGUUUCUGUAUUUUCUGUCAUCCAUUUCAAUGAUUACCGAGUUUGGCCUGGCCUUGAAAUCCAUUGAGGCCCUCAACUUUGAAAGAAACUCGGUCAUGAGCGGAUACCGUGACAUAAUUGUGUGCCACAUCUAUUUAUUGCAAUGUUGUGCCCAGAUGGACGAGGAGCUGCUCAUGAAAUCGCUCGCUGCUGUGCUGUCGUGGGCCAAGACCAAGCGCGCAAGGGUUUCGGUCUACGAGCUGGAAGUGUUGACAAUGGUGGUCCGUGUUCUCAAUUAUUCUGGUCUGACAGAUUAUUCCAGUUAUUUGUUGGACGUCGCGAGACAGAAUGCGGAUUUCGGCGACUCGGACUUGGGAUUGAGGAUAGAGGCUGCCUCCUUGAAAUUGCAACUGAAUCUUCCAGACGAGGCUCUAAAGUAUCUAGACGAGGCUCCAAGCAACGCCCUGGAAGCUGUCAGGUACAAAAUGUUGAAGACUGAAUGUCAUCUAUUAUUGAGAUACGAUACAGCCCAGCAAGAAUGUACUGAGCUGCUCUCGGUCUUCAAGAACGAGGAGCUCCAGCUGUCCAAGCAGUCCAGCAAACUCAACGUCAGCAGUCUGUUGAUGUUGGCUGCGAGGGUGUCGAUGCUGAUGUUUCGGUUCCACCGCGAGAAAAAUAAAAUCGAGAGUGUGCUGAAUCUCAAGCAGAGCAUCAGGGUGCUUCAGUCAGUGAUGAAGAACUUUCUGGUCACCGACGGGAGCUCGAUAGAAAUCGACCUUUGUCACAAGAACACGCUUAAAAUGCAGUUUGUCUCGUUGAUGCUACAGGCUUACAGCUCACUGGCCGCCAUGAUGCUGGAACUGGGGCUGGCCAAGGAUUUUGAGUACUACGAGGCAGAGCUUGAGAAGGUUCUUACGCACCAGUCGUCCGUGUUGCUCAAGGCCAGGUACUUCUUCAAGCUGGCCAAAUACCAUGUCUACAAGAAUGAUCUUGCAGGAGCAAAAGAUUUACUGGAAAAAGGCACUCGAUGCACGCAACAGAUGCAAUUUGAGUCGUUCCUGGUGGAAUUUGAGAAGCUGAGUGCGUACGAGCUCUUUUAUCAAAUGGCCGACAGCAACGACGUCCACGCGAUCCGCGACAAAGUGGAUCUGUUUUUCCGUCUUCUGGCGGAGCACGAAGUUGACGGCGGCAAGUUCUACCAACAGGUUGUGUACGAGCUUCAAUUGGGCCGCUCGUUGAUCACCCAAAAAGACCUCAUUGCAUUCCUCCGCAUGUUUCUUCCUCUGAACGGCAAAGAAAAGACCAGCUUGGUGAAAACUGCCGUUACCAGUAUCAAGGAAACGAUAUUCAAAACGGUCAACCAGGACCUCGAGAAUAUUUUUGCGGGCGACUCUGUGGUUGUCAUGAAAGAAGGCGUGAUGGACAACCGCUACGCUGCCUGUCUCCGGGAAUGCGCCAAGUUCGUGAACGAGCCCAGAUUGGUGAGCGAGGAUAUAUCCAAAGGAGCGGUUUCUGUGCUUCUCGCUAGCGGAGUUAGUUCACGCACUGAUUUGGAAACAGUGCUGUUGCGAAACGAGCUGAUGCGCUACGAGUCCAUUGAGUACGACAGGAAAUUGAGCCUCGCUGUCGAAAGCACGCGACAACUGGUCCCGCUCGUUUGCCAGCCCGGUUACCAAGUGUCUGCUUCGCAAGCUCACGAACUUCCUUCUGUUCUUCCGUCAGGCUGGGUCACCGUGUGUCUGGAUCUUGAACUGAGCAGCGGGUCGUUGAUACUCACACGGUACGGCCCAAAAGAAGAUCCAGUGUUUAUCAAACUUCCUCUGGAAAGGCAUCUCAUUGGCCGUCACGCAUCCUUUGGGUCCGCAGUCGAGGAGCUGGAGGCCGUAAUCCAGGAAAGUGACCGCACCACCAGAAUUGAGGUCACCUCGCUGGUGAAAACUAGGGCCGACCGUGCUGAUUGGUGGGCCCAGCGCAAAUCGCUGGACAGGAGACUGAAACAGCUCUUAUGGGAGAUAGACAGUCACUGGUUUGGCUGUUUCAAAGGAGUCUUUGGCCGUUUAGUUUUUGACAAGGCUGUGGUGGAGGAGACUCGUGUCUCUCUUGAACGAAUUUUGAGCGGGAAAAUUGGUCAUUCUGUUGAACUUGGAACGUUUGAGGCAGAACUGAUCCUCCAGCUUGAUCUGGACUCGGAAACCGCCACAUCGGACGUGGAAGACUGGUUCCAGCAUAUCCAGAUCUCCGACGAAGCGGAUUACGGUCGUCUUUUUUUGGAGAUUGAGCCAGAGCUCCGCCGGGCACGUCCUAUAUCCACGGUUGAUCAUACUGUUCUCGUUGUGUCUCCUGAAUGUGUCAAGCUGCCAUGGGAGUCUGUGCCGUUCCUUCGAGACAGAUCUGUGUCGCGAAUGCCAUCUAUGAAGAUGCUUGUGGAUGUCCUUAAUGAGCGGAAGGACGAUCUCUCUGUUGGCAUUUCUGCCGCAACAGGCUACUACGUGAUCAAUCCGGGCGGAGACCUCAAAAGAACGGAGACUAAUUUCACGGAUAUAUUCGCUGGCCGUCGCGGCUGGGAAGGUAUUAUUGGCAGUCGCCCCAGCGAGGAACAGAUUUCCCAGGGUCUUCGGAGAGAUCUAUAUGUCUAUGUGGGCCACGGCGGGGGGGAACAGUAUAUUCGCUCGAAAACCGUCAAGAGCAUGACAAAGCUGCCUCCAGCGCUGCUUUUGGGGUGUUCCUCGGGAAAACUGAAGACCCAGGGCGUGUUCAAGCCACACGGAACUGUCUACAACUACCUGAUGGGCGGAAGCCCAAUGGUGGUAGCAAACCUUUGGGACGUGACCGACAAGGACAUCGACAAGUUUACUCUUCAAAUGUUUGAGAAAUGGGGAUUUUCAGGUCCACUGGGCUGUGAUAUUGGCCAAAGCAUUGCGCAGAGCCGCGACGUGUGUGUUCUUCCGUACCUGAACGGCGCUGCUCCCGUGCUGUAUGGUCUUCCGUUCAAGUUACGUAAUGAGUUAUGA